CCAUCAUCCAUCCAUCCUCCCAGGGCACCAGCCAAUGGACCCCUGUGAAGCCCCUUCAAUACCCUGCAUCGAGGCAACGGCGCUAACUCUUCUGAGCAUGGCCACCCAACGCACGGAAAGGCUCUCCCGCCAAGGUCCUUGGCACCUGAAAACCCGCACCCUCCCGUCUGCAUUUCUUGGCUCGGGAGCGCCCUCUCUCUCUGUUCUCUUUGCACCGUGCAAUCCCAUCCACCUCAUCCCAGGCGAUCCCAUCCCAAGAUCUCCUCCAGUCCCCCAAUCUCACUCCCCAGUUGCGCCGCUACCUUACCCUCGGCGGAUGCCUUAUUCAUCGCCUCGGGGGGUCUGAGACGCCCCCUUCGCCAUGUUCGACAAUGUCCAUGUCUGUCGAUGAGAUCCGCAAUGUUGUCCUUUUGUUCAGCAACCCAUCAUGGGGCGGUGUCGGCACCGUGUCGUCCACCGUCAUUCGGAACGUCACGGCCCUGUCUGGCCAUAUGGCAUACUCUUCACGAUAUACAGGCAACACCACGGUGCUCUCCAGCAGGUUCGCCGGCACCUCAAAUGGCAUCAUCCAAGGUCUCCUUUAUGUCCCGGAUCUCCCCUACGGCCAUGAAUGCGUAGAAGAAACAGCACUGCACAUUCCUCCAUCAGUCGUGCGACAAUCCAGCCUUCCUCCCACAAACUACUAUCUUAUUGCCAUUGCGCCGUGGAUCAAUGCUCGAUGCUCACGGGCCUAUUUGGCCUCUGCCCGCACAGCACCGGUUCGAGGGUUUCUGUUCUAUCUCCCUGGCAACUCAACCGAGGCCCCGCCCUCUGCUGAGUCUGAAAUGUGGAACAUUGCGGAGGAAUUUGAAUGGAGGACUCAGAGUGGCUACCCUGUAUAUGCUGUCUCGAGUAUGGCCGGCCAAGUCAUGAUGCAACACCUCAGUCUCUACUCUGGCAACCUGACUGAAGUGCCGUUUGGAUAUAACAUUGCUACACGCUUCCAGGCCGAAGAAGAGGACUAUGCUCGCAUAUGGACCGAGCUUGUUAUCAGCACGCCUCCCAGUUCCUUCGCUACCUGGCUGUACUUCCUCAUUGUCGUCGGCGUGCUUCUCGCCGUCAUUGUUUCGGCGUCGCUCCUGAUGCACCUUGUUCAGGCCCGUCGGCGUUACUCCCUGCGACAGAGAGUCAUUGCGGGCGAAGUCAACCUGGAAGUCACGGGCAUCAAAAGACUCACAGUGCCGCUGGAGCACAUUCAAAGCUUCCCCCUUUUCACCUACCACUAUGAGCCACCAGAUGCCAGCCCGCCACCUACGUCUCCACGGUCGGCCAAGUCCCCACGAUCGCGGAACAGGCGGGACAGUCAUGGUCACUCAGAACGAAGGGGUUCCCGAACAACUCGUUCUGUAACCAUUUCGGAAAAGAGUCCGAGUGGGCCGUUCGCAACGGUCACAACAAAUUAUCAACCCUACUGUGAGAUUUGCCUGGAGCCAUACCAAAAUCGAGUCACGAUCAUCAGAGAACUACCAUGCGGCCACAUAUUUCACCCGGGGUGCAUCGAUGAGUUUCUUAACGAGAACAGCUCACUUUGCCCCUUGUGCAAAGCUAACAUGCUACCUCCCGGCUUCUGCCCCAAGAUCACCAACCACAUGGUGAAACGAGAGCGGGCAAUUCGAAAGAUACGGGGGCAAGUUGACGAUCACGAUGCCGACAACUCCGACGGCGGCAGGUCAGGAGGCUGGACGGCAACCUUUCGAAACAAGAUCUUUCAUGGGGGAAGUCCUACAUCGUCGACUUCGACAGAACUUCAGGUGCGGAGUAAACAUGUUGAAGGCCAACCCACAAUAUCAAUAUCACAGCCCAACCGACCUCCACCACAACCGUCAUCGCAACCGUCAGAUGAGACAGCUCAAUCAUCGGUGGGACCGUUACAGCAAACACCACCGCAGCCGAUACCGCCGCCAGCAUUACCCAAACCAACUGCGUUGGCGCGUGAGAGAAUGAGAGAGCUAGCCGGCAGCGAGCUUGAUGAUGGCGAGGCUGGCUCGUCAAGGUGGCGACGAAUGCGCACCAAGAUAUUUCCGGGUUUUGACUAGGUAAUUGCUCUCGUGUUUUCAUGAUUGUUUCGGGUGUCUUGAUCUUGUUUGGAGGCGAACUUUUAGCGAUGGAUGAUACCCCGUCAUUUGUGUUUUCUUUUCUGUUUGAAUCACAUUGGUUGUUAUUUAGUUAUUCAGCAUAGAAGAUGAUUGGCGUUUUUGGGAGGUAGCGUCGUGUUUUGUUAGAUAGUAUCAAAAAGGGGUCACGGGACUAGUUCACAAGCCAGAAACGAUUUAAUUGCUACAUUUUUGUGGAACCAACCAUCUUGCACAACAGAA